GCUUUCUUGCUCAACCGGAGCAUAACCACGCCGCCUGCGCCCAAUCUUAAGGAUAAGAUUAAGCCCGCCGUUCCAAUUUCCUCCGGUUUGCGCCACUUGCGGCAUUCACAUACCAAGAACAAUGGCGCUCACUUUCACGUCAACGUCGGCACCGGCUUCCUCUCUCAGGAUGAAUUCUCUUGCAUUAUUCUCUUCCAACUCCGGCUCGAAUCUCGACGCUAAUAAGCUCUCGCUGCCUUUCCACCCUCUUCGUUCCAGGAAAUUAAAGAAGCUAGUUAGUGACCAAAAGAAUGUGAGGAAAGCUUUAGCAAAGGCUAUGUCCUCUGAUGAGUUUUGGACUCCAAAAUCGAGUUCUCGACGUGGAAUUUGGUCCAUAAGAGAUGAUUUGCAGGUCCCUUCAUCUCCAUACUACCCUGUAUAUGCACAAGGACAAGGACCAUCACCAAUGUUGCAGGAGCGCUUCCAGAGUGUUAUUAGUCAACUUUUUCAACAUAGAAUAAUACGUUGUGGUGGAGCUGUUGAGGAUGAUAUGGCAAACACUAUAGUAGCUCAACUUUUCUAUCUUGAUGCCGUUGAUCCUCGCAAGGACAUUGUCAUGUAUAUCAAUUCUCCUGGAGGGUCAGUCACAGCAGGAAUGGCCAUAUUUGACACAAUGAGGCAUAUUCGACCUGAUGUCUCAACUGUGUGUGUUGGACUAGCAGCAAGUAUGGGGGCAUUUCUUUUAAGUGCUGGAACCAAAGGAAAGAGAUAUAGUUUGCCAAAUUCAAGGAUAAUGAUCCAUCAGCCUCUUGGUGGUGGUCAAGGUACUCUAACUGAUGUUGAAAUCCAGGCAAAUGAAAUGCUAUAUCAUAAAGCGAACUUAAAUGGUUAUCUUGCCUACCACACUGGUCAGAGUUUAGAGAAGAUUAACCAGGAUACAGACCGUGAUUUCUUCCUGAGCCCCAAAGAAGCCAAGGACUAUGGUCUUAUUGAUGGUGUCAUCAUGAAUCCUAUGAAGGCUCUCCAACCACUACCUGCUGCUAGUGCAGACAGUAGCAACCUGCCAAGUGCAUAACCUUCUGUCAGUAAAUCCUCUAGAAGCUGCCCCGACACUAGCUGCUGCUAAUGCAUAUUGUAAUGUCAAUCUGGCGAGUAAACCGUCCGCAGGUAAUUGUUGCCAUUAAUGACAUUUUCCAUUUCUACAGAUGGUUGACAAUCACUUCUUGCUAUCAGUUUUUACAAUGCCUUUUUUUUUUUUUUUGGGUAUACAGUUUUUACAAUGCUGAAUAAUCUGUUAUCUCUGGUUUGGAAGUAUGAAUUUUACCAUUUCUACUACAUUGAGUUCAUUUUUGCCAAAAUUGAAUAUUGAAGAAAAUAGGCAAAUUUUGGGAAGUAGAGUUAUUUAAAUAUGGUCUCUGGUAUAUUGAUGUAACAAAACACACAUCCCUUGUUCGAUAUGAUGGGAGCAUGGGUCAUCAUUACAGUAAAGAAAAUUAUUCAAGUUCA